UCUCUCUCUCUCUCUCAGGAGAGGGCUAGGGUAUUCGCGGGGGAGGCGGCGAAGCGGUCGCAGGAGAUAUCCAAGGAGGCGGCGAAGCGGUCGCAGGAGCUCACCAUGGGCGCCGCGUGCCUCUCUCAGGAGCUCGUCUCCGAGACGGCGAAGAAGUCGCGGGAGAUCGCGGCGGAGGCGACGAAGAAGGCCGAUCUCGUCCACUCCGAGGCCCUCCGCGCCGCGGGGCAGAUCAAAACCCUAGCAUCUGAUAUCCCCAUCCCCCCGAUCCCCCCGAUUCCCCCAAUCCCGUCCAUCUCCGCUGGAUCCGGAUCCGGAUCUCCCGCCGCCGAUGACGAGCUCAAGCAGUUCGGGGUCACGGAGGAGCUCAGGGAGUUCGUGAAGGGGAUCACGAUCAGCACCUUCCGCGAUUUUCCCAUGGAAGAUGAACCAGAAAUAUCUGAGGUUCCUACAGUGUCAAAUGUUCGGCAGGAUCUUAGCGAAUGGCAAGCGAGGCAUGCUACUCUUGUUCUCUCAACUGUUAAGAUUGAUCUUAGGCGGGCUAAUAACUGUGAAAUAAUUCUCACAAAAGUCAAGAUGCCACUGCCUGUUCGAUCAUCUACAUGCUCAUCUCUUUUAAAUUUGUUUCGAAACUGAAAUUUAGUUGAAGUUAAAAGUAAUCGGCGCGCUGCAGGAUUGGAAAGUUAUGUGGAGGCACUCUCUAAGAAAUCUGAUAGUGAAUUCAAUGUGGUACUUACCCAAGCAUAUGGUCGAGAUUAUGCAUCGAAUUCGGUCCAUGUGUUUCAUGUGGGAAAGCUUAGGAUAAA